ACCAGCCUUCCUCAAUUAUUACCGGAACUGGCCGGUCCUUCUGUGCCCUCGCAUCCCCAUGCCUUUGCUUUCAUCCCCGUCCAUUCACCAGCCACCGCUUACUUUCACUACUGCAACAAACCCACAAAGGGAGAGAGGAAAAAAAGGUGAGAAUCUCUCUUUUCUCUCUCUAUAUCUUCUCCUAUAUAUGUAAUCCUUCACCAUCUCUGUCUCUCUCUACGUCGUCGGAGGUGAUUGUCUGUCGGAUUCCUCCCACCUGCGCUAAAAACAUCACUCUUCCUCAAUCCCCUCUUCUCUCUAUCUCUUCAUCAACUGUUGCAAUUAAAAGACUGCUUUCUUUCAUCUUUUCAGCUGUUUUAGCUUCAGAGAGAAAGUGAUGGCUGAAGGAUUUGGGGCUUAUCAUGUCCCACAACAAACCAGAAGGGAUAAGCUCAGAGCCUUAGCUCAGAACCACCACCCCAGUGAUGGGUUAGCCCCUCUUUAUUACCCUCCUCCUGAUUUUCUUACCUGCGCCGCCCUCCAACGCCACCAACAGCUCGGGGUUGUUUCCGAUCACUUCAAGAAUGAUAAAGGCGCGACCUUUGACACGGGACCCGCCAAUUUCCAUGCCCCCAGUUUGUAUAUGGAUCCCCAAUUACACAUAAAUCAAGAAAUGGGCAGAAACCCAUUUCUCUACGCACCACAAAACCUCCGGGUUUUCGACGGCGAUUCUUUCCACGGCGGCGGAGGCGGCGGUGGGGAUGUUAGUGUUGUGUAUAAACGGCCUGCACCAGAGGCAUUGUCAGCGGGGGGGCAUGGGGGAGGGGGGUCCGGUCAAGGGUUAUCUUUGACUUUGUCGUCAUCACAUCAUCAUCAUCAGAAUCAGCGGGGUAAUCAAAGCAGUAGUAGUAGCCUGCGGCCUCUGGAGCUGAAUCUGCAAGGAUAUGACUCCACAAUGCAGACUCUGGUUUCUGGCAUUCAUGGAGGUGGGGGUGAUGGUGACUUGUCAAGGGCUACUGCACCUGGUUCUGGGGGGCCUUUCACGGGGUACGCCUCAAUCUUGAAGGGUUCCAGGUUCUUGAGGCCUGCACAGCAGUUGCUGGAAGAGGUCUGUGAUGUGGUCAGGGGUAGUACUGUCUUUGCAGGUGAUGAGGCUGCUGAGUCAGCUCUUUUGGACCAUCAUCAGCAUCCUCCCCCUCUUCCCUGUCUGCAGCAGGUUGAUGACUCUCAAAGUUGUAAUGAUGGAGUUGGUGAGCUCAGGAGGAAGAGUUCUAGGUUGGUUUCAAUGCUUGAUGAGGUAUGUAGGAGGUAUAAGCAGUACUACCAACAGCUGCAAGCGGUGGUUGCCUCUUUCGAGUCGGUUGCGGGAUUAAACAGUGCAGCGCCAUUUGCAAACUUUGCAUUGAAAGCCAUGUCAAAACACUUCAGAUGUUUGAAAGAGGCAAUUACUGAACAGCUACACUGUGCAGCCAAAUCACAAGGCCAUAUGAAUUAUGGGGUAGAAGCUCCCCCAAGUGUGGAAAAUAUGGGGAAAAGGUUUUAUUUCCAAAGCCCAACCAUUCGUACUACGGGUUUGAUGGAACACCCACCCGUGUGGCGUCCCCAAAGAGGGUUGCCUGAACGUGCCGUGACUGUUCUCCGAGCUUGGCUGUUUGAUCAUUUUUUGCACCCUUAUCCCACAGAUACAGAUAAGCUAAUGUUGGCAAAACAGACAGGCCUCUCGAGAAAUCAGGUAUCAAAUUGGUUCAUCAAUGCAAGGGUUAGAUUAUGGAAGCCAAUGGUGGAAGAAAUUCACACUCUUGAAACUAGACAAGCGCAAAAGGAUUCACAAAAGAAGGAACAAAAUGACAAUAAUCUAAGUGAGCAUUCUUCCAUCAGGAACAAUUCCGUUGCCACAAUAUGCGAAGAUCAUCAGCUCCCAUCAAAGCGAAUGAGGGAAGACGAAGAAAACCACAACUCAUUGCAGGGAAGUGAUCAAGAGGUGGCAAUGGACCUCUCAUCAUAUGGAAAUAUGUCACACCACUCUCGGCUGGGUAUUGGCCCGACCACGACCCGCGGCGUCUCAUUGACGUUGGGCCUUCACCAAAACAACGAGCUUGGUCCAUCGACAGAUUCUUCUUUCCCCGUGAAUGCGGCUCAGCGGUUCGGUCUGGAUAUAGCAAGUACGGAAGGAUUUGUACUGUCCGGUUUCGAUGCACAUAAUACUCAGUUUGGAAGGGAUAUGAUUGGAUGAUGACAGGUUUUGCAUGGCAAAUGUGUGGUUUAUUUUGGUGAAAAAUGACCCACUGCUUGCUGUUUUGGGUCAGCCAGCAGAAAUUAAAGCAGGCUUAUGAGCUAUAGAUUUUGCAGCUCAUAUACAUUCAGCUCAUAUACCUACCCCACCCCAUAAUUAUGUCCAUUCGGAAUGAUUGCUUGCUUCUACAAAUUCAAUUAUUAUUACUACCUGUAUCAUUGCGGUGAUAUUAUUUUC